AUGGACAGCAACAACAGCAAGAAGAAAAGCCCAUCAAAACGGAAACGAAAUCGCAAGGGGCGACUGCAUCAGAAUUUCACAUCCUACGUUAGCUUUGGUCUUUACUCGACGAUUUGUAGCGGUUGCUUCUUGUUGGUUUAUCUGCUGCUGCUCGUGGGCUUGAUGCCCUUGCUAACGUCGGAUGAUCCCAAUUCGAAUGCCAUUCCUGUCAAGGAUAAUUCUCGUCAUCAUUUGGUGUUGAAUGAUGUCGAGAAACAGGUCAUUGGGGGCAUGGGCAAGCAUCUCAAGGACAAGCUACAAUCCUUUCGAGAAUUCCGUGGCUUUACCGAUCGACAUUUGAAAGAUGCCGCCAUGAAAGAAUUCCAAGGACUCCGCAACAGAAAAAAGCAGCAGCAGCAACAACAACAGCAACAACAACAAAAUGCUCCCAACCAGGUGAUGGAUCCCGUCCCACCGGGUAGAAGUCCUGGAUUUUUCGUAUUGGGUAUGCAUCGCAGUGGUACAUCGAUGAUGUCGGGAUUGCUGGUACAAGGAUCUGGAUACAACGUCGGAGGACCUUUGAUUGGAGCUCAUUUUGACAAUCAAAAAGGAUUCUUUGAACGCAUCGAUGCUGUCUUGCAAAAUGAUGAAUUCCUAAAGUCCCAACGCAUGUGGUGGUCCAGUGGCGUUCGAGGCUACGAUGCCGACAAGGCUGCUGCCGAUCUCAAAGCGGGCAGUAUCCCCUUCAAAGAGGGUACCAAAACAUUGGAGUUCCUCAAUGAUCCAAAGAAUAUUCCAUGGAUGCAGAAAGAUCCACGCAUGUGCAUUACACUCAAAACGUGGCUCACACUCCUCAAAACGCAACCAGCCGUGUUGUUCACAUACCGACAUCCUCUCGAAGUGGCUCUCUCCUUGGUCCAUCGCGAAAAAUUCGAGUUGGAACACGGUCUUCGUCUCUGGAUCAUUUACAAUAUGAAAGCCAUUCAAAAUUCACAAGGUGUCUGUCGAGUGCUUUCCAGCAAUGAUGCCAUUUUGGCCAAUCCACUCGACGAAAUAAAACGAAUAGCCAACGAACUCACGACCAGAUGCGGGGUCCCAGAAGCACCCAAAGAAAUUACCCAAGAAGACGUGGACAAGUUUAUCGAUCCCAAUAUGCAACAUGGCAAAAAGGAACUGGCGGCAGGCAAGGGGACACUGGUCGAAGUCGAUGGAUGUGUCAUUCCCGAAUACGACAGUGUCCAUGCGCCCAAUUCACCCGAACUUAUUCGAGAAAUGGCAAUGUACAAGGUUGCCAUGCAGAUUCAUUGUGGCUUUAAGGAUGGGAGUGCCUACAAGGAAGACUAUGUAUGGCCACAGCUGCCGUAA